CAUGGCGAGCGGUCAUGGUUUAAAAGAAGAAACGAGAGAAGGUCCCAGCAUGCAGUUGGAUGGACAGAUGUCCCUGGAGGACGUGCGGCGCGGCCAGCAGCAGUGUGUUGUGGGUAGAGUCCAGGAGGAGGAGGUCUGGGCUCUCAGGAGCCUCCACCAGCAGCUGAGGACCGACUUCCAGUUCAACCUGGAGAUCCUAGACGAGCAGAGCCGGGAUCUGGAGAGCUACGAGGCAGUGCUGGUCCGAGCUGUGAGCCUGGAGCAGCACAGACAGGCGGAGCUGAGCCGGCUCCAGGCGCAGGUCAGCGGUCUGGAGAAGCAGAGGCUCCAGGAGGCGGCGGAGCACCGGUCACAGCUGGACCGGCUCAGGGGUGACUUUCACAGCCAGGUGGAGAAGUUUGAGCACACGAAGCUGAUUCUGCAGCAGAAGAUAAGAAGUAUGGAGGCAGAACUGAAGAGACAGAGAGAGGACAUGAGCAGCGCUGUGGAGGACCGGCUCAGGCGGCAGCGGCAGGACUUCCAGCUGGAGAUGGCCCGGGUGCAGGAGGAGCGGCUGCUUCAGGAGGCGGCGGGCCGCCGCCGGGCCCGGCUCCGGGCUGCAGAGGCUGCAGAGGCGUCCAGGCUGCUCUGCCAGGAGCUGCAGGCUCAGCUGGAGCACAGGGAGCAGCUGCUCCAGGACCAGCGGAACGCCAGCGCCGACACGAAGGAGGAGCUGGAGAACCAGCUGCAGUGGAGGAAGGCCACGGAGGAGGAGGUCAAAGGUCACAUGAAGAAGCAUGCAGAGGAAGUCGGGGCCCUGAGGGAGCGCGAGGCUGGGCUGGAGGCUCGGUGCCAGGCUCUGGCCCAGCAGCUGCAGGGCGAACAGGAACAGGUCCUGGAGCUGCAGAGGAGCACGGAGGCUCUGGCUGCACGUGCACAACGUGCACAGGAAGACCAGCAGAAGGCAGAGGAGACCAUCCGGAGGCUCCGGUCGGAGGCGGAGCGAACCCGGACCGCCUGGGACCGCCACACCCAGAGGGUCUGCUCCGAGACGGUGGCCAGGGACACCCAGACCGUCUCUCUGCAGGAGGAAGCCGCCAAGCUGCGCCGCCAGCUGGAGAGCAGCCGAGAGCUGAGCGAGGGCUACAAGCGCCAGCUGAGCGCCGGUCUGAGGAGAGAGCAGGAGCUGGAGCAGGCCAGAGUCCAGGUGGAGCUGGAGUGGCAGAGGCGCUGCGAGGAUGCCCGGGCGGAGCUCUACCUCGCCAACGAGCAGCUGAUCCAGGACCUGAGCCAGGCCCGAGAGCAGGCUGAAGCAGACCUGAAGGAGAGGGAGGAGGAAGUGAGGGACCUGAACCUCCGGUACCGUUCUGCCCUGGAGGAGCGAGACCGGGCCCUGGAGGGAACCUCGCCGCGUGCAGACGCUCCGGCGGCGGAGCUGGAGCGUCUGCAGGAGCAGAACGCCGCGCUGCGAGCCGUCAUUACCCAGAUGAGCCAGCAGAUGGAGGCCUUUGGCCACCACCUCCACCCGGACGGAGCCCAGGCCUCUGUAGAGCCCUCAGCGGCCGGCCUGACCCCCGCUCCGACCCCCGCUCCGACCCCCGCUCCGACCCCGUCCCAACGACCACUCGGCUCACAGCGUGUACCAGCCGAGCCCGGCCCAGCGGCUAACACUCCUCUGCACCGGCCGGCCUCCAGCCGGGGGUCUGGAGGGGGGUCUGGUGGGACUGAAGACCUCCAUCGGGCCGGGAGCAGCGCCCCUCCUCCGGCCUCCAGCCGGGGGUCUGGAGGGGGGUCUGGUGGGACUGCAGACCCCCGUGGGGCGGGCGGCGGCUCCUCUCGGCUGCACAGCAGGCUGAAGCAGGCGGCCGGCUGCAUCGCCCGUCUGAGCAGAGAGAAGCAGCAGCUGAUCGAGAUGGGCAACCGGCUCCGGGCCCACAUCAGCUCCGGAGAGGCCCCGGACGCAGUGAAGCCAGAGAAGCCAGAGAAGCCAGAGAAGCCAGAGAAGCCAGCCCCCCUGCAGCCGCAGGGCCUGUUUCUGCUGGAGCAGCUGCAGCACCGCCUCACCUCCCAGGAGCUGCAGUUUGCUGUGAAGCGCAGUGCUGUCCCUGCUGCUGGACAGGUCCUCCCAGAGCCCGGCCAGGACAGUCCCCCCACCAGCCGGUCCCCCCGACCCCCCACCGCCCAGACCCGCCGUCACAGUGAGGACGGCGGUCCGUCCCCAGGCGGGUCCCUGCAGUCCCUGAAGGCGCUGUGGGACCUGCUGGACGCUGGACUCCGCCUCUCAGAAGGAGACAGCGAGCCGGGGACGGAGCCGGGGGGGCGGGGCAGACGGCCGCCGCCGGAGGUCCAGCAGCAGAGGAACCCGUCCCACCCUCCACCCAACAGCAGGCAGCAGACCGCCGCCCGCAGGAGGAGCAGGGUCCGGAACUACAGCGUGAAGGACUGACGCUGGACGCCCGGCCAGCUGGACGUCCCCGUGUCAGAACGGGGAUACGUCCUACUGUGUCAUUUUCAAAAACUGGAAGAUUCAUGAGUUCUUAAAAACCAGCAGUGGAA